GGAAGGAAUCAUGGUGUUAGGCACUUAUUUUGACGGCAUUCUGCUAGUGUAAACGGGUACCUGGUAGCCUGGUAAUUCCGAAUCUGAUAUUCCGCACUGUACCUGCGUUAUCUCUCGCCCAUAGCUUAUGUCUUAUGUCCAUUAAGGUAAUAGAAGUCACAUGAAGGCGGCUUCCUAAUCAAAGUUUUACUUGAUGCAAGAGGCGCGUAAGGUCAUCUGUACCUACCUCCUACAUGUAGACUAUUCCUAAAAUCCUACCUACCUAGGUAUCUCCUACCUAAUAUAGGAGGUAGGUACCUAAGGUAACUAAGGUACAAGGUUAUCUAGGCCAGGCACUGUACCUGGGCAAUUCACUUCUUCCCGGGCCUCCCAGCUUUCCUUCUACUCAUCAUAAACAACUCACUUUCACCGGUAGCUAGCUGCAGAAACUAUUUCAUAAGUCAUAAUUUUAGAACAACUCUUCUCAAACUACUUAUAGAUUUCCCUACAAUAUAGAAAAAAUGGCUUCAUCUUCAGUAGACCCCAACCAACUCUUCGAUGUUAAAGGACUAGUCGUCGUUGUAUCGGGCGGGGGAAGUGGCAUUGGCACCAUGAUGGUUAAUGCUCUGGAGAGCAACGGUGCAAUCGUUUAUGUCAUCGGCCGCCGCAGGGAAAAUUUAGAUAAUCUUGCUGCUACUGCUAAGCACGGAAACAUUCGUACAAUUCAAGGCGAUAUCACAAAGAAGGCCGACCUUGAACGGGCCGUCACGGAGAUCAGGUCCGCAGUAGGAUACGUCAAUGUUGUGAUAGCAAAUGCUGGCGUGCCGGGCCCUACUAUGGAUGGAUUGCCCCAAAACGCCAGCCUCUCGGAAUUCCGGAAUCACGUCUUUGGCUGGGAUACAGAUUCCUUCAACAACACAUACGCCACAAAUACCACAGGCGUGUUUUUCACUAUCGCUGCAUUCUUGGAGCUCCUCGAUGAGGGCAACAAGCGUGGCAAUUGGAAGCAGAGGAGCCAGGUUAUCGCCAUAUCCAGCAUUGGCGCGUAUAACAGAGUCCCCGCUGCCGGAUUUGCAUACGGGAGCUCCAAGGCCGGCGUCGUGCACAUGAUGAAGCAGCUAUCGACCGCUCUUGUGCCGUACAGUAUUAGAUCCAACGUCAUCGCUCCGGGAUUCUACCCAAGUGAAAUGACUGAGCCACUCAUUAACACCAAGAAGACUACCGGGUGGCCUAAGAACGUUGUUCCCGAGGAAAGGCUUGGCGAUCCAGAAGAUAUCGCUGGUACGAUUUUGUUCUUGGUUAGCAAGGCUGGCGCUUACAUCAAUGGAAACGUUCUUGUAACCGAUGGAGGGCGACUGGGUGUCAUGCCCUCUGCGUAUUAGUAUGCUUCACCCCGAUAUUGGGAUACGGCGAUUUCUGGAAUCUAAAAAGUAUAGAUUAGAUUUAUCCACUUGCGACAUCAAUGCCCUGGCACACUGAAUUAUAUAGUAUUUCCGAGCCUUCAUCCAAUAUUAAUCUUGCUUUCCAGUUAUUUACCUAGGUAGGUAACUACAAUCUUCCAUCUUCAGCCAUCUGGGCUCUCUAGCCAAG